AUGAGCAGUGGCAUGAACUGGAGUCCCUCCUGUAGAUAUGCAAUUGGCCGUGAACCUGUAACAGUAGGACCUGAUGGACUUGAAGAAUCCCAUGUCAAAAUGAAUACUUCACCGCAGAUGACAGUGGAGAAUCUGUUGAACCAAGCAAAUUCCUUGGAUGCUUCAGAUCCUGCCAAUGAGCAGGAAUGGCCUUCUCUUUCUGCUAGUGGUAGUUCUGGUGCAAAGGGUAGAAGAAGAACUAGGAUUGACUUGGGAACCCAGCUUUGGCAAAGACCCAAGGACAGAGCAAGAGACAGUCGAUCAUUACAACACGGAACCUCAUUUAUAGCAAAUUCUACAAGCCAUCAGGACGGACCUUCUUUGCCUACAAGAUUUGGGAAGAAGCAUAUGCUUCCUUCCAUUCGAAAAUCCACACUUAAUCAAACGCAUCCUGCACAUGCAUCUGGGAAUGAAAAUUCAGCUUGUGUCAAGGGUCUACCUGUGGUUCUUCCAUUUGAUAUCUGCCUCACUAAAAGCAGAAAUUCUGCCAAGUGCAAUGCUUCUCUGUAUGCAGAGAGUAGGGACUACCACAAUGAGUUGGAGCACUCUAAAGAAGAGGCUGGACAAGUGCUGAGGCCAGGGAUGAUUCUCCUAAAAAAUUAUCUUGCUCUCACUGAACAGGUUGAAACCGUAAAGAAAUGUCAAGAAUUAGGUCUUGGCCCAGGAGGGUUUUACCAACCUGGUUACCAAGAUGGGGCAAAACUUCGUCUACAGAUGAUGUGUCUUGGUCUGAAUUGGGAUCCUCAGACAAGAAAAUAUGAAGACCGACGCCUAAUUGAUGGUUCUAAACCCCCUGGUAUUCCUCAUGAAUUUAGUUUGUUGGUUAAAAGAGCAAUGACAGAUUCUCAUGACCUACUCAAAAAGCACUGCAGAAUAAGUGACGCAGAGGACAUAAUUCCUCAGAUGUCUCCAGACAUAUGCAUAGUCAACUUCUACGGAACCAGCGGGCGACUUGGUCUCCAUCAGGAUCGUGAUGAAGGCAAAGAAAGUCUUCAUAAAGGACUACCUGUAGUCUCCUUCUCUGUUGGUGACACGGCAGAAUUCUUGUAUGGGGAUCAGAGGGAAGUUGAUAAGGCAGAGAAAGUGCUACUGGAGUCGGGAGAUGUAUUGAUAUUUGGUGGCAAAGCUAGACAUAUUUUCCAUGGAGUGUUGUCCAUUAUUCCAAACUCAGCUCCUCGUGCCCUGUUGGAAGAAACAAAUCUCCGCCCUGGUCGUCUCAAUCUUACCUUUAGACAAUUCUGAUAAAGUGCUGUUUACAAUAGAGUUUCCAUUUAAUGGUGUCAACUGUCAAGUCAACAUAAGAGAAUCGCCAUCCCCUGUCAACGGUUCAAUGUAAGUUGUAUGUAGACAACUUUAGUUCACCACAAUUAGCAUUUUGAUCUUAGAUAAAAGAAUAUUUUGAAUAUUGUUGAAAAUUCAGACCAGGAAAAGAUGAUGAUGAUGAUGAUUUUGAUUUUGAUUUUAAUUUUGAUUGUAGUGAUGCGUUGAUUUUAUUAUAAUAAUCGAG